AUGUCUCACGAACACGAAAAUUUAUUAAAAGCCUUUCAACAUCUUGUAUCAACUAGACCAAAAGAGAAGGUUCUUUUGGUCCCCAAUGGUGCUGAAUAUGAAGAAAUUAAUUUUCAAGACUUGGACCUUAUUACCAAUAAAUACGCUAACUAUUGGAAUAAACAAUUAGAGAAUGAAACCUUGGAAAAAGACUGCGUAAUCGGUUAUUUAUCACAAAGUGGUCCUGAAUACUUGUAUAACAUCAUAGCUUUAUGGAAAUUAGGCUUUACAAUCUUAUUCCUUAGCCCUCGAAAUUCAGAACCUGCUUUAGUUCAUUUACUCCAUGAAGCUAAUUCGCGUAUUCUCAUCCACGAUCCUCAAUUUUUAAAAUCCUCAAAAAAUGUGCAAAGUGAAUUAAGUUCUCAACAUUCGAAGACGCUCAACAUUUUUCAACUUCCUAAUAGUUUGAAGAAUGAAAAAAUCAAUGAUUCAGCUCCUGUCCUAAAAUUAAAUGAUGAUAAUCAUUACGAAAAAACUAUUGCCAUUUUUCACAGUUCCGGUUCAACCUCAUAUCCUAAACUAGUUCCUAUAUCUAAUCGUUAUCUUUUAAAUAAACAAACAGAAGACAAUGCUGAUGAUAUUGUCUUAGCAACCCCUCCAAUAUUUCAUAUUUAUGGAAUACUUAUUGCAACAAGAUCCAUUUUAACUCCUGGUACUUUAUAUGUAUUCCCAAUUGUCUCAGGAUCAAUUCCUUUAGUACAUGAAAUUUUGCAUAGUUUAAAACUGUCCAAUGCUAGCGUUCUUUAUACUUUACCCGUUAUUCUCGAACAAAUUCACAAAGAUUAUCCAGAUGAAAUUAAGGCGUUAAUAAAAUUAAAAUCUGUCUAUUUUGCUGGAGCUGCAUUAUCACCUCAAGUAGGUGAGCAACUUAUUCAAUCUGGCGUCAAUAUUUUAACUGUUUACGCAUCGACCGAAAUUGGUCCCGUUAUGGGUAGACUUGAAAAUUAUUCUUCGCCUAAUAUUCCAUGGAAUACAAUGAAAUUGUUAUUACCAGAAAGUGAUAUUAAAUGGAUAGAAAGGAAUGAUGUUCAUGAUGGUGCGAGAGAAUUAGUUAUAAAAAAAGGAACUUCUACCCUUGCAAACAUUAAAGGAAAUACAGAUGAUGGUGAUUACAAAGUAGGUGAUCUCUUUCUUGAAACUCCAAAAGGUUCUGGCUAUUAUACUUUACUUGGUCGGGUUGAUGAUAUACUUGUUCAUGUCACUGGUGAAAAGACAAAUCCAAUACCUAUCGAAGAUAAAAUUCGUCAUAACCAAUUUGUUAAACAUGCAGUUGUCGUUGGACAUAAUCGACCAUUAAAUUGUCUUUUAAUUGAACUCGAUUUCGAUAAUUUAAAAAAUACACCUUUCUUGGAAAUCACAAAAAGUAUUAUUGACUCUGUUCAUCAAGCUAAUGUUGACUGUCCAUCACAUUCUCGAAUUUUUGACGAAAUGAUUUAUAUCUUACCUCUUGAAGGAAAAAUCUUACCUAGAACCUUUAAAAAUAAUAUUCAACCUGUUCCGAAUGAGAAAUCCUUUUCUGAUCGUCAAUGGAAUGAAGAUUCCAUAAAAACUACUGUAUUGGAUUCUCUUAAAUUAGCCAUUGGAGAUUCAUUUUCAUCAACUAAUGACGAGGAAACCACAUUCUUUGCUCUUGGUCUAGACUCUUUAUCUGCAACCAAAUUACGAUCUAUUCUUCAAAAACAAUUUUCGGCUAUUAACCUUCCUCAUGAUGUGAUUUUCGAAUAUAAUACAUUCAAAAGUCUUACACAUUAUUUGACAAAAAAAUUAUUAAAAAACAACACUCAACAACGUAUCGAAGAUGACUACGAAGCAAAAUUACAAGCUCUUAAAAAUGAAGUGGAUUCAUAUAUCCAAAAAUAUAGUAAAACUGAUGAUUUUCCUUCCCAAGGAAACGUUAAUAAUGGAAUUAAUGAAAUCGUAAAUGAAAAAAAUGGUGAAACGGUCCUUAUGACAGGAGUUACUGGAUCCCUUGGCUCUUUUCUCCUCCGUGAUUUGUUAAAAAAUCCAAAUGUGCUUAAAGUUUAUUGUUUGGUGAGAGCGUCAGAUGAAAAUCAUGGAUGGACUCGAUUAAAGGAUUCAUUUGAACAACGUAAUUUGGAUACUUCAUUAUUAUCUAAGGAUCGAGUUAUUAUUUUACCAAGUGAUUUGAGUGAUUCGAAACUUGGACAAACCGAAAAUAUUUAUUUAAAACUUGUACAUGAAAUAACACAAAUUUAUCACGUCGCUUGGAGAUUGGACUUUAAUAGCAAAAUCGAUGCUUUUGAACGUGAAAGUAUCGGUGGAACUGUUCAUCUUCUUAUGCUCGCCCGUGAUGCAUAUGCUCAUCAUCAAAAUGUUCACUUUAAUUUUACCUCAAGUAUCAGUACAACUAUUGGAUCAAAAACGAAUAUUAAAGAGGAUGAAUUACCUCAAGAUAUUGCAAAUGCAAUGCUUAAUGGAUACGGUUUAUCAAAAUUCGUUACUGAACAU